GUUGCCUGCCAUGGUCAUUUUGGCUCAAGCUUCCGGGCUCAGAGUGUAGGUUCAGUUUCUUUUGCUUCUGUCGCAGCUGACUCGGAACAUGUUCCGUGUUUUUUUUGUGAUUUGCCGCCACAAGUGCAAGGGGCAGGAGGAGGACAUCACGCCAUUAUUCGCUCUUGCAAGUGUGUCAGCGGACCUAGACUUCUUGUUUGAGAUUCUCUUCGUAUUGGAGAAUGCGACAGGGCUGACGAUGCUGCACAGUCAGGGGGACGUGGAACUCCCCAGCUGGCUCGUGAACAGCUUGUGGGUCUCCCUCGUUCUCGCUGGUGUAUCAUGGUACCUCCAGACGUUCGAUGCCGCAGGGCUGCGCACAUGCCUAUCCAAAUUUGACCUCAGCACAGGCUCCGUCAAGGCCUGGUGCACUGUCAUCGAGGAUAUCCCAGCCGUCGUCCUUUCCCUUUUGGUUUCCAUGUGGGGCGCGGAUGGAGCCUUCACCUACAACGGGAACUUCGGGGCAGUAGCCAUGGCGAACAUCGUCACGGCGGGCUUCUCUGCGCUGAUCAAGUUGGCCGAGGCGUGGGAAGAGCGGCGCAACCUUUUCGUCAAUUACAAGGGCGAGGAGGUGAGCCUGAACGGCAAAUGUCUCGGCGACGCGGUGAUCGCAAGAGUUGCCAAGAGACUGUGCCAGAACACCACGGUGAUUAAGGUGGAGUUGAACAAUAAUUUCAUCGAGAACACCAAGUGUCUGGGAAGGAUGCUGUGCGAGAACAAGACGCUGGUGAGCCUGGACAUUUCGUUUAACCGUAUCACGGACAUCGCGCCCGUCACCGAAGCCCUCAAUCGUAAUCGUCGAGCGGCGCUGCGGAUUCUAAAAGUUCGUGGUAACAAGAUCAGGCACAUCGAGGAAGGCGCCUGGAUGACGUCGCUGACCGAGGUGGACAUCUCGCAGAACGAUCUUGACGAUGACUCCGGCAAGGCCAUUGCGAACAUGCUGGACCAGAACAAAACACUGGAGAUUCUGAAACUUUGGGGGAACGUUCGUAUUCGCUCCAGCAUCCCUGCGAUGGCGAAAGCCCUCCGCGACAACACGACGCUGACCGUGCUGGGCAUACCUUUAUUUCAUGGAGGGAAGAUGCUAGGGGAGAUGCUUACCCAGAACAAGACGCUGCAGCGACUCGCUAUUUUGUCCUCUGAGAAAACCGAUAUUGUGUUCGGUGGGAACGAUGAGAACUUGGACAUGCAGCCCAUCGUUGAUGCCCUGCGUCAGAACCAGGCCAGCAAGCUGAACUUGUUGGUUUUGCCGUUUGCAACUCUCAUGGACUGGCGCGAGCGGCUCCAGGCGGCUAAGAGCGGUCUGCGUGUCGAAAUGCCUACCUCUGAGCGCGUCGCCCGGCUGUGAAGCCCUCUGAGCGCGCGCAGCGGCGGCAGCGGCGGCAGCAGCAGCUCGGGGCUCGAGGCGGCCGCGCCCCGGCCGCGAGGCGGUCCGGCGGCGCUCUCGGAGGGCCGCAGGCGCCUCUGCGAGCCGAUUCCUCGCUUCGCCGCCUGCCCUGUCUCCCCCCCCUGUAACCUCUUUUCUCUCCUCUCCACAUCCUCCCAGCAGCUUGGCAGCGUGCAGCUAAACAUCUGUUCAACUUUUGUGUUUAAAUCAGCUGGAGGCGCAAAGUCCGGCCUCACUGAGAGGAUCAGCUGGGAUAUACAUUGAGCAGUUGUUUGCAUGGUUAAUUCAAUAUGUAUAUUCAGUCGGAUCCGCAAAGGACGGCCUCACUGAGAGGAUCGACUGUUUAAACGCAGAUUUUAAACAGUUGAAUUCGUUUCGCUUUUAACCCUUCGCUGUACGCUGCGCACUGGCGAAAGCGGUCUGGGUACAUGCCCUAACGUCCUGCUCUUUCUCUUUCUCCUCUCGUUCCUCUUCGCGGAUUGUAAUGUGGCGCAGUGGAUGUUUCGGAACACAUCACUGCAAUGUUGCCAGUUCCCAAGCAUCACUCUCUCGCAGAUGAAAGACGAGACUCCCAGGUUGCCGCCCUGGGCCGCUGUUUAGCGCAUAGGCAGAAGUCCUGAAGCUGGCCACUUCAGGCCGGCCCGUGCGGUCGGAACGCCACGUUCACAUUUCGGCGAGCACGUUGCUUUCGUGAGCAUCUCCAUCUUCGACCUCUGGUGCUGUCCUCUUCUUGGAAA